UAUGUGAUGAGAAAGAGGCAGCGAAUCCCUGUCGGAAAAACUUGGGUACGUUCUUGGAUCUCUGUCCAGUGUGUGGACAAGCGUCGCUUGGAAGUGUUGGGAAAAUUACAUCUCGUCUCUGCUGAGAUGAAACAUGAACCCUAUAAUCUAACGGUUCCUGGAGGAGAGGAGGAGGAAGAGGGAUCUCGCUCUCUCUCCGUUUCUUUGCUCCGGGUUCCUGGUUGGAUAAUUUGGGUUAAUACUAGUGAGUGAGGCUUUUGCUGCUUCAAAGGGUAUUUCAAGUUGCCGGAGCUCCUCCCCUCUGCACCGUGUGACAACAACAACUCGCCCGGAGAGCUAGAGAGCGAGCGAGCAGCGAGCAGCAGCAGCCAGCACUUUUCAGCUCAUUUUCUCUCUGUCAUUCCCCUCUCAAUCUUUGAUCCAUGUACUUGCCAGAGAGAACCGAAGUCCUUCAAACCUCCCCCUUUUCACCUUCAUCUUUAACUUGGUGCUAGAGCAAGGACCACAAAACAAACAACCCUCCCCCUAAACCCCAACGCUACCGCCCGCAGCGGACUUCUCCUCAUUCCCCACUUGCGGGACACUUUGUGCGUUUCUGUCUCUCACUCUUCCCCUUUCUCGGCGGUAGCUGGUUUGGGGUCCCCCCCAUUCUGCCCCCUCCUCCCUUUUUGUCCGUGCGGCAACUUUUUUCUCCCCCCCCCCCUUCGUAUAUGUGACCAUGGCCGUACCGACUGCUUUGAUCCCUCCGACCCAGCUGGUCCCCCCUCCACCUCCGAUCUCAACUUCUGCCGCCUGCACCACCACUACCACCACCUCGUCGGCCACCUCGUCUCCGUCUCCUUCCAUCGCUCCCCCGCCAGCCUCUUCGGGGACGAACCUAUUCCGGCCGGAGCCCAUCGCAGCAGCAGCAGCGGCGGCGGCGGCCACAGUCACCUCCACCACCAGCAGCGGAGGAGGCAGCAGCAGCAGCAGCAGCAACGGAGGAGGCGGCGGCGGUAACAAUUGCAGCCCCAGCCUGGGCACCAGCAGUAGCGCUAGCGGCGGCGGCACCUCUACCCCCAGCGCUAGCACCGCCAACAGCAGCAGCCUGCCGGGCAAGCCGGUGUACUCGACCCCGUCCCCGGUGGAGAACACCCCCCAGAAUAAUGAGUGCAAGAUGGUGGAUCUGAGGGGGGCCAAGGUGGCCUCUUUCACCGUGGAGGGCUGCGAGCUCAUCUGCCUGCCCCAGGCUUUCGACCUCUUCCUGAAGCACUUGGUCGGGGGCUUGCACACCGUCUACACCAAGCUGAAGCGGCUGGAGAUCACGCCCGUGGUGUGCAACGUGGAGCAGGUCCGGAUCCUGAGGGGGCUGGGGGCCAUCCAGCCCGGCGUGAACCGCUGCAAACUCAUCUCCAGGAAGGAUUUCGAGACCCUAUACAACGACUGCACCAACGCAAGUUCUAGACCUGGAAGGCCUCCUAAGAGGACUCAAAGUGUCACCUCCCCAGAGAAUUCUCAUAUCAUGCCACACUCUGUCCCAGGUCUAAUGUCUCCUGGAAUCAUCCCACCAACAGGUCUGACAGCAGCAGCUGCAGCAGCAGCAGCUGCUACCAAUGCAGCCAUAGCAGAAGCAAUGAAAGUGAAAAAAAUCAAAUUAGAAGCUAUGUCCAACUAUCAUGCCAGUAAUAACCAACAUGGAGCAGAAUCUGAGAAUGGAGAUCUGAAUUCAAGUGUUGGCAUCAGUGAUGGUUCUUGGGAUAAAGAAAAACUUCAGUCUCCCCCUACCCAAGGAUCACAGGCCUCUUUUAACCAUCCCAGCUGGCCUGGACAGCAUAACCUUCCAGUUAGCCAUCCUCUCAACCCUCUUCAACAGAGCCACCUUCUGCCAAAUGGCCUGGAACUUCCUUUUAUGAUGAUGCCCCACCCAUUAAUUCCUGUCAGCCUACCUCCAGCAUCUGUCACAAUGGCCAUGAGUCAGAUGAACCACCUUAGUACCAUUGCAAAUAUGGCAGCAGCAGCACAAGUACAGAGUCCCCCAUCCAGAGUCGAGACAUCUGUUAUUAAGGAACGUGUUCCAGACAGCCCGUCUCCUGCUCCUUCCCUUGAAGAAGGUCGAAGACCUGGCAGCCAUCCAUCAUCUCAUCGAAGCAGCAGUGUGUCCAGCUCACCUGCACGGACUGAGAGCUCGUCAGACAGAAUCCCAGCUGUACAUCAGAAUGGACUAUCCAUGAACCAGAUGCUGAUGGGUUUAUCACCUAACGUCUUACCUGGCCCUAAAGAAGGUGAUCUGGCUGGUCAUGAGGUUGGACAUGAGACAAAAAGAAUACAUAUUGAGAAAGAUGAGACCCCGCUCUCCACACCAACCGCAAGAGACAGCCUUGACAAACUUUCUCUAACUGGGCAUGGGCAACCACUACCUCCAGGUUUUCCAUCUCCUUUUCUAUUCCCUGAUGGAUUGUCUUCCAUAGAGACCCUCCUGACUAACAUCCAGGGCCUAUUAAAGGUUGCCAUAGACAAUGCCAGAGCUCAAGAGAAACAGGUCCAGCUGGAAAAGACGGAGCUGAAGAUGGAGUUGUUCAGGGAGCGAGAACUGAGGGAAACUCUUGAAAAACAGCUGGCUGUGGAACAGAAGAACAGAGCAAUAAUUCAGAAAAGGUUAAAGAAAGAAAAAAAGGCAAAGAGGAAAUUGCAAGAAGCGCUUGAAUUUGAGACUAAGCGGCGGGAACAAGCAGAACAAACAUUGAAACAGGCAACUUCAACAGACAGUCUCAGGGCCCUAAAUGACUCUCUGACCCCAGAGAUAGAAGCUGACCGCAGCGGGGGCAGAACAGAUGCUGAAAGGACAAUACAAGAAGAGGGUUCUGCUAUCAAAAGCUGGCUUAGCAUUUCAACAAACUCUGGUUCCAGGUUCACUAGAUGCCUAUGCCUAACUCCCAACCAGGUCUCCCAAGACCCCCUCAUCCCACACAAAAAGAUGGACGACUUUAUUUGAAAACUACAGUCAUGUACUGAAUUUUUCCUGCUGAAGCAAUUUGUGCUACGGUAAAGAACUGUGCAGUAAGAUGUUCACUAUUUGGAAGGUCUACAAAAACAAAGUGUUUUCAAGGCAACUUCCUUAACUUUGUGUAUCAAUGUUCUUCAACAGUUUAAAGCAUUCUGCAAGAGUGUUCUCCUUUGGUUAUCACCUGUGGCUCAAGCUAGAGACCUAGGGAAUGUUUGUAAAUGUACAAGUUUCACUCUUCUUACAGUCAAAAACUGCAGCUUUGCUGUUGCAUCCUUGUAUACAAAGUUAUAGACCAGUCAGAACAAGGCCUAACAUUCCCUUUUUAAUGGAAUGAAAACUCUGUCCUCCUCUGAUGAUUCUGUAUUUGAGCACAUCAAACAAUCCUUCCAGCAGUAUCCACCUACACUUAUAGACUGUUUUGUCAUACCUAAACCAGCAAGUCAGCUCAGAAGUAAACUUGUAUGGGGGCAUAAGAGGAUUCUGACAAAAAAAGUAAAAGGAAAAAAACCUGUUAUAUUCAAUUUUCAAACUCUGUGAACGUGGGUUUUCUUCUAAAGACUUUUUUUCCACAUGCUUUCCAGGAGACCAACACAUGGAUGCUAGACCACAUGAAGUAAAAUGAAAUUUUGUCUAAGAGAAAGGAAAUGCUGAAUGUAAGCAAAACUGUUUUACUGUUCACAAAGUCUCUUUUCCUAAAAUAAACAUAAAAAUAUAAAUAAAACGAGUAAUAAUUUCUCAUUCUAAACUGGCAGGGGUUUAUGGAAAAAAAAAAGACUUUGCUUCUUAUUCAAACUGUUGGUCACGUGUACAGUAUAUAAACACAAACCACACCAGGAAGGUAUUAUGUAUGCAGUAGAAUACUAGCGUUUAGGAAAAUGAACAUUUUAGAUAAUGUUUUGUCACCCUGUUUGUCAGAAAGACGCCUUUCUAGUUUUAACGCAUGCAGGCAUGUAAAUAUUUGUCCUGGAGUCACAGUAUUAAUGAAUGAGAUCUUAAGCAUCUGGUAACGAAUCAGAAUUCCAUAUCAGCCACUUUUAUUUGUAUAUUGAUCCCUGGUUAGUGCCCUGAAACAGCACUUUUAAGAAUGGACUAUGGCUGAGCAGCAAGUCAAAACACCAGAAAUAUUUUUAUAUGUUAAUGUCAUAUUACGUCAAUGUUGCUAAAAAGAAAACCUAACAAACACUUGAUGUAUCAGUCCAAUACCACGUAGAGCUGAGUGAUACAGUUGAAGUCUAUUGUUCCUCCCUCACUUUAUCUUAGGGAAGGGUGGUUAUGUGUUAUUUUCACUGUCUUUAUGAAAGCUACAAUGUGUUUUCACCUUUGUGCUGAUAACUGGAAGUAAGCUGCAACACACUGCUUAUUACAUACUUACAUUAUGUUCCUUGCUUUGCAUAAUUUUGUUACCCCUUUAAAGACUGAUUUUGUGAAUCAGCGUUGUUAUUGUAAGUUUUGUGAUUAUGCUUUCUUCAUCUGUAAUGUAUGCAUAUAAAAUGUUAUUUAUUACAUGGAAACAUAUCAGAAUCUUAAAUGUCUAAGAUACCUAACUUAAGAAAAUUCUCCUUUACAAAAUAGUUCUGAUUGGAUAUCAUUUUAUCAAAUUAAAAAAGAAAUCUAAAGAUUUGUAAACUCUAGCUCUGCGCUUCUAUGGUUUGUAGGUCUUUCCUUGCCAUGCUGGUACACCCUUAUUUAGUCCACCACAAUCCUUUUCUAACAAUAGAAAAGUUGUACAUACAAGUUCACAUCAUGGUAGUUUUUUAAAAGAAAUAUCGAGCAAUAUUUUUCAUUAAAUAUUGUUACCAAAUUCUUUAUAGUAACAUUGUUUUUUAAUCAUGAUUCUUUCAUAGUUGCUUGAACACUUCAGAGAUUCUGUACACCAGUUUUUUCAUAUGCAGUCUUUAAAGGGUUAACCGCUGUAAAUUUUGAUGGACUUGUGGCAAGCUUUUGAAUCAUUCAUAUCUGAAAGAGAAUUAAAGCCUACAACUGAAAUAUGUAGUAGCAUCUGCCAUUGCUCUGCUCCUUGCAUAGAGUCACCUGUAAGUCGGUUUAAUAGUUUUACAGUAUAUACUUUCAAGACCUUUAGGAAUGCCUCAGUAUUUGGCUUGGUACAUAAAUGGAAAUGUUAAGGAUUAAGGGGGAAACAAUUCAUAAGAUGGAUAUUAAGAGCUUAAUAAAAUGGUGUAAAUAUUACAAUUCAUGAAAUGUUACCGUCAGUUGAACUUUUGCCCCUCUUCAGUUACACAAGUUUUGGGUUGCUGGGUUUUUUCCUUUGUUUGUUUUGUUUUUUCUUUGUUUGUUUGUUUUUGCAUAGAUUAUGAAGAAAAAGUGUGCUCAUGGUAUUGUUUAUAUGCUUUUGAAAUCUUAAAGAUAUUAAUGUCUAGUUGUUCUAUAUUAUAACCACAUUUGCGCUCUAUGCAAGCCCUUGGAACAGAACAUUCUCAUCUUCAUGUAGGACCUAUGAAAAUUGUCUAUUUUUAUCUAUAUAUUUAAAGUUUUCUAAAAAUGAUAAAAGGUUAUUACGAAUUUUGUUGUACAAAAUCUGUACAAAAAUCUGUUUUUACAUCAUAAUGCAAGAAUUGGAAAUUUUUCUAUGGUAGCCUAGUUAUUUGAGCCUGGUUUCAAUGUGAGAACCACGUUUACUGUUAUUGUAUUUAAUUUUCUUUUUCUUUUCAACAAUCUGCUAAUAAAACUGUCUGAAAUCUC